GCAUCACGCACUGUUCGUAAAGUCAUCGCUCAUCCUGUGGUAUGCAUACUGGACCCAUAGCUGCUUCAUAGCUGUGAAUGCAAAUACGUAGAAAAUAAAUUCGGCCAAACUCAGGAGUUUCAACUGCAAGAUCGACCUUCACCAACUCUACAAUGAAUCAAGAGCAUCGCAAUAAGCUUGAGGCUCUCGAGCGAACAAAUCAAGAGAUAUUCGAGCUGACUGGCACGAGAUUACCAAGGUUCCGCAUUUCAACAGAUGUCAAGAUCACUGAAGAAGGCCCAAGCUUGCCAUCUACUGAGCAAAGCAGGCGGCCUCUUCCCAAAGUUCCUCAAAAGCCAAGCAUGCUUGCUCUUUCUCAAAAUAUGACUAAAAGCAAGAUACUUCCUCCAACGCCGCUGUCUAAGCCCAAGUCUCAAGCUCCAGUCCCAGGGCCCAAACCUACGCAUGGGACCAGAUCACUGCCCCAAGUGCCUCAAGUGCCUCAGAAUACGUUUAUACCCGCUGAUACUUCCAGUAACCCGCCUGGCGCUGGAAGGACCACCAUCAAGUUGCCACGCUUCAAUCUGGAGCAGACACAUGAAGCCCUCAAUGUGACAGUGCCCAGAUGCGCACGUUGUGGCGAGACACUGGACUCUCAAGGGGGACUGAGUACAGGUCAACGGAGCUUCCAUGUUGACUGUUUCCGAUGCUACGAAUGUCACCAGCCUUUAGAAAACCUCGAGUUUUACGCAAUGCCACAUAAAAGUGGCACGAUUGAAGUAUGCUUCGAUUGUCACACAGCAUCCUUCCCAGACUGUCACAGUUGCCAAAGCAAAAUUGUGACCAAUCAGUACAUCGAGGCACUAGGGCACUUCUAUCAUGUCGAACACUUUAGAUGCGCUGGAUGUUCAAAGGUAUUGACCACUGUCAACGGCGAGAUUGCCUAUCUUGAACGAGAUGGCCUGCCUUGGCACAGAUCAUGCUGGCAGCCGGCAAUUCGCAUCAAGUGUCGACGAUGCAACAAGCCUGUCGACGACCAGGAUCAAACCAUCAUCCAAUUUGGCGAGAGCCAAUUUCACGAAAGCUGCUUCCGUUGUGCCCACUGCAAAGGAACACUCCAAGACGGGUUGCACUGGUCGACUGAACGAGAAGGCAUUUGUAGGGGCUGCAAAAGUAUACAGGUGAAGCAGCAAUUUGUCUAGCUAUAGCCUAGCAUUAAAUAUCCUCUUUCCCCG